AUGCCGCGUAAAAGCAAAGCGCCAACUCCUUCCCCAGACCCCGAGCGAGAAGAUGCUGCCACAGAAGAAGCUUCUACAUCAAACAAAGCCAAGCCAGAGGUCUCCAGCCUUGACAUGAAGACCAACUCUUUCGAGCCCUACCCAGCAUCUAAAGCCUACCGACUGAUCGAACCAGGCCCUGUUCUCCUCGUCUCGACUGGAUCAUUAGCAUUAUCAACGCACAAUAUUAUGACCAUCGGCUUCCACAUGAUGCUGCAACAUGAGUCGCCCGCCCUGAUCGGCGCAUGCAUUGGCCCACGGGAAUGCGUGCUUGCCAUUCCGGACGUCCGCAUCGCCGAGACAGUCGUCGAUAUCGGAAACUGCUCUGGCGAUGACGUCGACAAGUGGACGACUUUUGGACUCCCCGCGGUCCCCGCGGAGGUGGUGCAGGCGCCACUUGUGGGCGGACCGAGCGUCAUUGCCAAUCUCGAGUGUGUCGUUGUCGACCGGAAAAUGGUGUCCAAGUACAAUUUGUGGGUACUCGAGGUGGUGCGGGUGUGGUUGAAUCCUGCGUUGAAGGACCGCGGAAGGACGUUCCAUCAUCGCGGCGAUGGGACCUUUGUGGUUGAUGGGGAGGUUUUGGAUUUGCAGGAGAGGAUGAUCAAGUGGAAAGAGUUUCAGGAUUGA